AUGGCCGGAGAACAACAUAGCGAUCACAGCCGUCCCCUCGUCAACUACAACAUGGACGACGGCCCGCCAUCCCAUGAGGCGGACGUUCGGGACGGUCAUCCAUCCACCCCGUCUCCAGAGCCCCAAAACAACGGAGAUGUCUCUCACGCCCACAAUUUAGGGGCAGAGACAUUUCAUCCCAUUCCCGUUCCCGUUGAAGGAGACGCCGUAAUGAUUGCCAUGGUGAAUGCCCUCAAUCAGGCCGGUUCUAUGCUCCACCAGCAGCACGAACGAAUCAUGGCCCUCGAAGCCGAACGACAAGAGGCCCGGCCCCAGCCGGUGAGUAGGAUACAACAACGUCCGGAGCCAACGAAGAAGCGAGGACGUCGCUCUCCCGAACCCCACGCCAGCAGGGCACGCGCCCAUCGUGACGGUGGUCGAGCGAGAACAUCACCAAGGCGCGGGCACAGCCCCGACAACAACGAACUGUCUCCCUUAAGGAGCGACGAGGAAGAUUUGCAUUGCCCCCUAUCUCGAGCAAUAAUGGAAGCCCCGCUCCCCAAAGGCAUGGAGAAACCGCCAAACCUAGCUGUGUACGACGGGACUACAGAUCCCGACGAUCACGUCGACAACGUCAACGCGAUGCUCGACUACCGCAAUGAUAUAACCGGGCACCUCAAAUGCCGACUGUUCUCAACGACCCUCAGGAAAGGGGCCAUGGCCUGGUACAAAAGCUUGGCCCCUGAGUCCAUUACGUCAUGGAGAGUCAUGAGGUCCAUGUUCACCCGGCACUUUACAGCUUCCCGUCGUCACCCCAAGACUGAGGCGACCCUUGAAGCCAUAGUGCAGAAGAAGAAUGAAACACUGCGCUCAUACAUCGAGCGAUUCAACCAGGAAGCUGUCGAGGUAGAUACCACCGAGCACAUGAAGAAGUAUCUCCUCGAGAGAGGUCUCUUACCCGGCAGUGAACUUAGCAGAGCUGUAGGGAUCGAGCCUCCCCGCACCUUAAACGAGCUCCUGCAUAAAGCCCAGGCCUACAUCAGAUACGAGGAAAAGCAGGUGGCACACAAUGCCCGCAGCGGACGUAACGCUGGGGAGACCGAGCACUCAAAACGCGAGGACACGAGCAUUUCCCGUCGCAACGGAGACAGACGAAGAGAAGAAAGACCUCGCGAGCUCCGGGAAGGAAGAGGCCCCGCGGGCAGAUAUAGCGAGUACACCUUACUGACAGCUCCUCGAGAGCGUAUCCUCGCAGAAUGUAUCAACUCUGAAUUUAAGCAGGGCAGGGUCAGGUUCCCAAAACCGUCUGCACCAAAGCCCCACACCGACAAAUCAAAGUACUGCCGGUUCCACAGAAGUCACGGACACGUGACCGAAGACUGCGUCCACCUGAAAGAUGCGAUUGAAAUUUUAAUCCAAGAAGGGCACCUGAAGCAGUACACGAGGAAGAACGAAGCUCCCAGACACGACGAGCCAGAGAAGAAGAGACCCCGGGAAAACACACCCCCCGACAACUCUCCCUAUCAAGUGGCCCUCUGCGUGUCACGACCGGAAGAUUUCUUCCCCCCCGAACCAUUGCCCGAGGGCAAGAUCACUGCACUCAGCCCCUGGGAAGACUUCCCUACCACACUGGUGAUAUCAGGAGGAGGAACUAACGGGGAAUCCGCGGCCCUCUCCGUCAAACGCAAGUUCGACGAACUCCUACUGACUGCCCCCGAGCAGAAAGCGACAUUGACAAAAUACCGGGGAAAAUCCAACCCAAUAUCCUUCUUCCUGGAGGAACUCCCGGGCGGAUCCCCGAACUCGGCCAUCCCACUAUUGAUUAGAGCAAAGAUGGCCAGAUUCGACGUACGACGCAUCCUGGUCGACGAAGGCAGCUCAGUGGAUAUCAUGUACGUCCACCUCUUCAAGACUCUGAAGCUAGACAAGACCAACUUAGCCCCCUACGUCGGAUCAGAUCUCCAAGGAUUCAACGGAGCAACAACCAGACCGUGGGGAUAUGUUGAGCUCCUCGUCACUUUCGGCGAACAAGAAACGGCCAGGGAAGUCAAAAUCCAAUUCCUGGUCGUAGACUGUCCGUCUCUCUACAAUUGCAUCUUUGGACGCCCGACACUGGCCGAACUCACUGCGGUCCCAUCCACCGUCCACCUGAAGAUGAAAUACUACACCAAAUUGGGACGUGUGGUCACCAUCCAUGGUGACAUCGAAGCAGCCCGGCGAUGCUACGACGCCGCAGUAAAAGGACAGGCCGUAGUCAGCACGAAGAGCAACUGCAACAACAAAAAACUCAAGACCGAGGAUCCCGCCCGAGGAGUCAACGCCAUCGACCUCGACUGUCGCGUCGGGCUGGACGAGACCGAAGAGGGGAGGUUCCCCAAGGAACGCUCUCUCGAACACCCGGUCCGACCAAUCCCCGACGGGGAAUUCGAACUCAUUCCUCUUGGGGACGAUCCGGAAAGGACGGUGAAGAUAGGUAAGGGACUACCCGAGGAAACAAGAGAAGAGCUAGUAGCAUGCCUCAAAGAGAACUCCGACCUCUUCGCGUGGAAUGCCGCAGAAAUGCCCGGGCUGGACCCCGAGAUCGCGUGUCAUAAGCUAGCUGUAGACCGGGCAGCCAAGCCCAUAGCACAGCGUAGACGCAAGCAAUCGCCCGAAAAGGCAGAGGCUGCCGAGCGAGCUGUAAAAGACCUCUUAGAGGCAAAUUUUAUUUCUGAAGCCCAGUACACAACCUGGCUCUCUAAUGUAGUCCUCGUUAAGAAAAAUAAUGGAAAAUGGCGUAUGUGUGUUGAUUAUACUGAUCUUAAUAGGGCUUGCCCGAAAGAUGCUUUCCCCCUCCCUAAUAUAGACUCGCUCGUUGACAACUCUGCAGGUUUUAAACUCUUGUCCUUCAUGGACGCAUAUAGUGGAUACAACCAGAUCCCUAUGUCGCCCGCGGACAAGAAACACACAGCGUUCAUGACCCCAACGGGCAACUACUAUUACAACGUGAUGCCGUUCGGGCUCAAGAACGCUGGCGCUACAUACCAACGCAUGAUGAACAAAGUCUUCAAGGACGAAAUAGGGGACAUGCUCGAAGUAUACAUGGACGACAUGAUCGUUAAAUCACACGAGGAAAUAACCCAUGCUCGACACCUUGCGAAGGUAUUCGAACAGGCGAGACAGUGUAAAAUGAGGUUCAACCCCGAGAAAUGCACGUUCGGAGUCCGGGCAGGCAAGUUCCUCGGUUUCUAUCUCACCGAAAGAGGGAUCGAGGCCAACCCCGACAAAUGCCGGGCAUUCUCGGAGUUUCCGACCCCGAAAACCAAAAAAUCGAUCCAGUCGCUCAAUGGAGUGCUCGCCUCACUCUCCCGUUUCAUCGCCAAGUCCGCCCAGCACGCAUUGCCAUUCUUCAGACUCCUUCGCAAAGAGGCUACCUUCGACUGGACCGACGAAUGCGAGCAAGCGCUACUCCAUCUAAAGAAGGUUCUGUCCCAACCCCCGGUCUUGUCACGGCCAUCAGAAAAGGAAACCCUAUACUUGUACCUAUCCGUGGCGACCGAGGCCGUCAGCGCCGUUCUAAUAAGAGAAACCGACGAAGGACAAAAUCCCAUCUAUUUUACGAGUAAAGCACUCCAAGGUCCCGAGCUCCGAUAUCAGCAAAUCGAAAAGGUCGCCCUGGCCCUCAUCAAUGCAGCGAGGAGACUACGAUAUUAUUUCCUCGCACACACGAUAAAGGAAAGCCUUGAAAGCUCAGGCGCUGGCCGACUUCGUCGCGGAGAUGACCCACUGCCCGACUCCAGCAGAAAGCGCCCACAAAUGGACGAUCUUCGUCGAUGGCGCCUCUAG